GAUUGACGUGGGUGGAUCAGCUCCGACGGCCGGCCGCCCAGCUUCCCUCGAUAUAUCAGCUCAUCUCCCGGCCGAGACGUCCGGAGUGCAGCAGCCGGGGUGGCGACCUGAGCUGGGCGCCGCUGACCUCACCGACCUGGCUACUUUCAUUCCGACACGCGGCCGCCCCUGGCCACCGGGGCCCGAGAUGACGGAACCUUGAGCAGCGUCCAUAUAGCGGCCGGCCGGUAGGGGUGACGGCCAGACGGUCACAGGGUCGUCCCGCGCGGCCGCACCGCACGGCUCUCACAGUGCAGGACAGUGGAGAGCAGCGGUCCGGUUCGCUGAGUGAAGUCGGAGGAGAACGGCGACAGAAUGGGAGCGAUCGUAUCGCCGGCAGAACUCUCAUCGGUGGCUACAACACUGCUGCUGCUGGCGGCAUCAACGAGUGGCUCCUUACAGGGCGCCUCCUCCUGGCGGCCAUACUACGGUCCGUACGGGGGCAGGCCGAGCCACAGCUACGGCCGGCCCCACACCAGCUACGGACCGCCAGACAGCGGUCAUGGGAUCUCCAAUAGCCUCCACGGCACCCACGGAGUCUCCACCGGCUACGGGCCUCCAAAGGCCAGCAGUCUCCACAGCAGUCACAGCAUUUCCGGCACUUUCAGCCGACCCAUGACCCUGCACGGGAGCCACAGCGUGUCUGCCAGCUACAGCGCGCCGAGCGGAGCGCACGGGGGCCACGGAUCGGGCUCCAGCUACGGACAGGGCCACAGACCGACCUCCAGCUACGGGCAGAGUUCCGGACAAGGGUACGGUCAUCAAGCACAAUACCAAGCCAACCCAUGUGCAACGUUCAUCUCCUGUGAGGACGACAAGGGCUGCCCGUCUGGUCAAUACUGCUCGGCGUCGCCUCACCUUCCUCAAUGUGGAAAAGAGUGUCUCCCGGACCUCCCCAACACCUACAGCUGCGAUCGGGACUACCAGUGCCGCUCCAACUAUUGUGACCCCAACACGCACACCUGUCGGUUGCGACCGAGUCCUCCCGACCCGUGCAAGGGCUUCAUGGCUUGUCAGGAUGACAAACAGUGUCCGGCUGACCGGUACUGCGGGGAAUCUCCUCACCUGCCACAGUGUGGUCACGAGUGUCUCCCGGAUCUUCCUAACACAUAUACCUGCGAACGGGACUACCAGUGUCGGUCCAACUACUGUAAUCCAAACACGUACACCUGUCAGCUAAGGCCGAGCCCACCCGAUCCUUGCAAGGGCUUCAUGGCUUGCCAAGAUGACAAACAGUGCCCAGCCGACAGGUAUUGUGGGGAGUCGCCUUACCUUCCGCAGUGUGGCCACGAGUGUCUACCCGACCUCCCCAACACUUACCAAUGUGACCGGGACUACCAGUGCCGCUCCAACUACUGCGACCUCGCGUCUGGCACGUGCCGCGACAGGCCCUCGCCUCCGGACCCUUGCGCGGGCUUCCUGGCCUGCCAGGGGGACCAGAGUUGCAGUGUGGUGCAGCACUGCGCACCGUCGCCGCUGCGGCCUCUCUGUGGCUCAGAGUGUGUGCCGGACCUGCCGAACGGGAUGAACUGCGAGCGUGACCAGCAGUGUCUCUCCGGAUACUGCCACCCGGAUCAGUACGUCUGCAAGCCUCUGUGCUACGGCGUCAACAGCUGCUACAGUGACUCGGGCUGCGCAUACAGCGAGCACUGCAGCCCAUCGAAGACUAACCCUCAGUGUGGGAAGGAGUGCCAACCCGACUACCCCGAUAUGACACAUCCCUGCGAUCGUGACGAGCAAUGCCAGUCAGGAUACUGCGAUCCUGCCGUUGGUCAGUGCAAGUCACCUUGCGCUGAUUUCGUGUCAUGUUUUGACGACUCAUCUUGUGCACCAAAUGAACAUUGUAGUCCAUCAACAACUAGACCCCAGUGCGGGAAGGAAUGCCAACCAGACUAUCCUGAUAUGACGAACCCAUGCAAUCGUGACGAACAAUGCCAGUCAGGAUACUGCGACCCCAGCGUUGGUCAGUGCAAGUCGCCUUGCGCUGAUUUCGUGUCAUGUUCUGGCGACUCGUCUUGUGCACCUAGUGAACAUUGCAGUCUAUCAGCAACUAGACCCCAGUGUGGGAAGGAAUGCCAGCCAGACUAUCCUGACAUGACGAACCCAUGUGAUCGUGACGAACAAUGCCAGUCAGGAUACUGUGACGCCAACGUUGGUCAGUGCAAGUCACCUUGCGCUGAUUUCGUGUCCUGUUCUGGCGACUCGUCUUGUGCACCAAAUGAACAUUGUAGUCUAUCAGCAACUAGACCCCAGUGUGGGAAGGAAUGUCAACCAGACUAUCCUGAUAUGACGAACCCAUGCAAUCGUGACGAACAAUGCCAGUCAGGAUACUGCGACCCCAAUGUCGGCCAAUGCAAGUCGCCUUGCGUCGACUUCGUCCCGUGCCAGGGCGACUUUGCUUGCGCCCUGGAAGAGUACUGCGACGUGUCACCGACCCUUCCCACCUGUGGCAACGAGUGUCUUCCGGAUCGUCCCAACAUGAGCCCGUGCACGCGCCACGACCAGUGCCUCUCCGACUUCUGUGACCCAGUCCUCAUGCAGUGCAAGCCACGUGACGCACCGCCACCUGAGCCGUGCUGCCUGUUCGGUUUCACGCGGCUCGGUGACUCCUGCUACGAGCUUCAGCGAAGCAAGACCACUUUCGAUCAGGCGCGCACACAGUGCGCGACACAGUUUGGAGGCGACCUCACCACCGUGCCAAGUCAGGAGGUGAACAGCCUGCUGACUGACCUGCUGAGCAUGGGGAACGCCACUUCCGCGUGGAUUGGCGUCACCGACCUACGGACGGAGGGGGUGUUCGAGGACGUUAAUGGGGUGCCGCAGGUGUUCACCCAAUGGGGGCCCGGUAGACCGAGAAACUCCAUCUCGCGAAACUGCGUGGAGGUGGUCGGCAACGGCUUUUCAAACGCUGGCCAGACCCUCAGUCCCGGCGCGUGGAACGACCUCCAGUGUAACAAAUAUAGGUACUUCGUGUGCGAGACGAGCGUGCUGCCCAUUUGCCCGAAACUGUAGACACGGAGUUUGAGCCUCCGUACUUCGCUGACGAAGCAUCUAGGGAUGGGAAUAUUCUUCACAACAGUGUCAUCUGUCACGUCGCGGUAGCAAUAACUCAAGGAAGGAUAUAAUAGCGAAUUAGUCACAUUUAUGAUACCUACUCAAUAUUUCUAGGUGAUCUUUGCAGUCUGAAAUAUAACACAAUCAUAGACCACUUUGCGAUAUUAUGCAUUAGUAGAGCCUAGACUAAUAACAUUCCACGUCUAAUUCAUUCGCUCUGCUAGGUACUGUGCACAGCUAUUAAGUGUGCAUUGUUGUUAAUGACAACUCUGCCUUGUUGAUGUGAAUAUGUUACUGCGAUGUGAUUUUGUUUUGAAAUAAAUGUUACCUUAUGAAACA